GACGCUCCGCCCAAGAUCUCGGUGCAGGGAUGGCAGGCAAUUCAAUUGGACAACAAUCGUGACCGUCACGACACGCAACAACAAAGACAGUGGAGAACUUUUCGCGUGGGCCACACUGUCUGGCUGUCUUUGUUGCAGUAGUAUGGAGGACGCGUUAGUUGCCACAUCCUGCCGCGGAGACCUGCUAAUUGUGACGCGGAAUAAUGCAUUGGGCUACAGUCACCAUGCAUUUCAGAAGCUCUAUCCGGUGUGCAUCCCCCACAAGAGGUUGGAGCACACUUCGCUUUGCAUUGUACGCUUUAAUCAUAAAGCUGAUGCAGUUAUCCUUGCGGGGCGCCAUUUUUUGGGUGUUGCGAGCGAUCAGAGAACACACAACAACGUCUUUUUAUGCGAGUUUCUAGGUGUUGCCUCCACCACGCGACCAAAAUGGCGCGCUGUGCCCUUCAGAUGAGUGGAGACUGGAGAUAUUCCUCAAUGAUCCCAGCAACUCUAGUUCCACUCAAAUCUUGGAUGCAACUUUUCCGCAACAAUUUGAUAACCACAUCUGCACAAUCGAUGCCUCCGGUGUUAUUACGUUUUGGGAUAUUUAUGGGGGAGACACAACAUCUCUCAUAACUGGUGUUCCUCAUGUACAAAUGCUCUGCUUUGGAUCAGAGCAGCACAGCCAGUGUAACAGGAUUUUGGCCUGUCAACUGCAUGUGCCGUAGGCACAGCCGCUUUGGGGUUUUUCUUCUUGCACCUAAUCAGCUCGUCACUCUAUUUCCCGUGGCACCACGGCAAAGCUGUGCUUCACAGAGUGAAGUUUUGGCUCUUAGAGAUGCGUGUGUUGAUGGCUGGAAUUACGCAAAUAGCAAUGAAACUCAAGGAAAAUGGGAAAUUCCAUUGCGAUGGCUCUAUGCUACCUUCCCAUACCUCAUAAACAUUUCAAGUGUGGAUAGUAGUGAGGCUACAAAGAGCAGUUUCUCUUGGAUUGAAGGAGAAGAGCAAAGAAACUUUGAUCAUGAACCGCCUUUGAUCCAAUCAUUUACAUUGAACUUACGUGGCAGUUCUCCGCUGCAAAUGGUUGCACGUGACAGAGACGCACUAACGAUCCUUCUCAUAGCCACUGAUGAUGGCCAUGUCGACAUGAUUCUCUGUGGAGUUGAUAUUUUCAUGCCUGCAUGGCGUACUCAGGAAAGCUUUAUGAUGCAUCAUAUUGAGUCUCUGUUUGUUGCUGAUGCGGUGGAGGAGGCUGCUUUGCGCUUGGAAACUUCAGGCUGUGGUGUACACUAUGUUGUCAGGCAUGAUGUGACCACUAUCCAUUUACUUAGCUUGAUUGAGAUCAUUAUGAAACAAAAGGAUGCCUUUUUAGACAUCAAGUCCGUAAUCUCCAAAAGUCCAGCCCGCUGUAGUCAUACCUUCAUUUCUUCAGACCCACACCUAAAGGUUGUGAGCAGUUGUCUCCUUGGAGGCAGUGCAAGCCAUUCCGCGACAAUGCUGUGUUUGUCCCUGUGUCACUGCGCCAUAUUGCUAAGAUAUCACUCCGCUCUAACCCUUGUGCAUAGGCUGGUUUGAUGAUUGCUCGUGCUGUGCUAUUGAUGUAUCUGCAAAUCAUUAUGUACCUUCAGAGCUUGUACGUAGCCAAAUCCCGCACAGCAGCAGUGACAUGCUACAUUUUGUAGCUGAAGUGAUCACUGUGGUCGACGAUGUUAACAACGCUUUUGGGCGUCUCGCAAUUUUUACCUCCCGCAGGAAAACAUUAAUCUGGCUUAAUGAUAUUCGUGAAUAUUUAGAAGGUUAUGUCACCGUGCCAAUUCUGGACUACGCCAGGCGAUCAAUGGCAGUUGCCAAUGCCCUUUGCUUGAUUUGCAGCAGGCGCUUCCCACAACUUACAUUAGCAAACAAAACAUUGAAUGUGGAACCAGUGAAGAUGCCAGAUUUAAUUUGGAGUGGGUAGUUGACCUUGUAUAGGUCUUGAAUAACAGUUUACUCAAAGUGGUAGUGCAUAUGGCCAUCGCUCGACAAAAGGGCGUUAAUAGCCGCGCUGCCUUGCUCAAUAGUGCUGGUGCUGAAUUAACUCCACAUCUGUCACUGUGUGAACGCUGCUACUUCCAUGAUCUCGGAAUUCUCACCGCCCAAUUGUCGCGUAUCCCUGAACUGGUAAGCCGUGAAAAGCACCGCGUCUAUGUUUCUGCCGAUGCCACACGUGACAGCGUGACAAGUGCGGGCGCAUCAUGUCAAGUACUAUUUGCGGGGAAAAGCCCACUGGAUCUUCUGGGAAAUCUACUUCUGCAGCAAACUCAUUUCCUUGACGCUAGUUUUGCCGGGUUGCAUGCGUUGCAGGCAAAAGUAUGUGGCCCCCAAAAGAACAGCCACCGAAGUUUCAUUGCGUAAUUACACAAACAUGCCUGACCUUGUGACGCCGCGAUGUUGACCGUGGGUGAGUUGAUGACAAUCUCGGCCGAGAAUGUGUUUGGGCCUACGGCUCGUUCCACAUGGAGAUGGGCGUAUGACGUCCUACGUGUCAACCGGCGAGCCACGUGCGAAUGCGCAGCGGUAAGAUAAACGCAGUCCCGGGCCGUCAUUUGCUGGUACAGCUGCCCCAUGCCGGUACAGCUUGCUGCGGGCCGCGCAGGCGCCUAAUGUGCGCUCCCGCCGCGUAUUUAGCGCGCAAAGCGCCGAGAGUGUAUCCUCAGAGAGUGUCGCCAAAUUUACCAAACUGCCCGGGCCAGAUUAGUUUUGAACCAGCGGGAAUUAGCUGCCAGGACUUCUAGUGGGGCCCACCUUGACGCUUUCUGUCAAGAUUCCUGCGGUGCAAACUCAUUGCGACGCACGGUACCUCUAAGCAGGGCCGGAAGCAGGAUAUUCCCUAGCAGCCCUAUAUAGAUAUGGAACGAUAGGAAAUAAUUAGUGGAUCAUUCGAGGCCGGUUUAUCCCGUCCAUUGGAGAGAUUGUUUUUCGGGCGGGUUUUAUCUCGGACCAUCACCGCGUCGCAGCUGAUUUUUCAGCGCGAGGCUGCCCGCAUGCACCAAACUUUGCACGCAACCCAUUAUUUUAGCAUACGGAAGC